CUAAGAUAAGACCAUGCCGCCUAAGAAACAAAUAGAUUAUAAGGGAAGAAUCAUCUUCUUGCACGGGUACACCCAAACGUCUUCGAUAUUCUAUGCCAAAACCUCUGCAUUACGUAAAAAGCUCCAAAAACUCAAGUACAAGUCGGUUUAUCUUAAUGGACCUUAUAAGUUAACUCCUGCUCAAUUACCUUCGAAUGAUGCUCUAUCUAAAUUCAAUUCGGUGGUUCCUGAAGAUGAAGAAGACACCAACCUCAGAGCCUGGUGGAUUAAAAAGGACUACUAUAAGGAUGCGGUUGAAAUUUCUCUCGCAGUCGAUACCAUCAAAGAUUACAUCAAUAAUGGCAAGAUCAUCCCUGAUGACGAUUCAACCGAAGAUGAAAAAGCCAACGACGAUGACGAUUCGAAUAUUCCCAUCGUUGGGAUCAUUGGAUUUUCUCAAGGGGCUGCGUUGGGUGGUCUUUUAGCACAUGACUUCAAAGAUAUUUUUGGCAUUGAAUUAAAAUUUGCAGUAUUAUAUUCUGGGUUUAAAAUAGAUACCUCAAAAGAAUCUGCUAGCUCACAGUACGAUAAAUACUAUACCCAGGAUGGAGGGCAAUCGGAUAACUUUAAGCUUCUCCAUGUUUACGGAGAGUUGGAUACGGUUGUAUCUGAAGAACGAUCAGUUUCGUUAUAUAAUCAUUCAAAAACCAAUUCGGAUAUUUUAAAACAUCCUGGUGGUCAUUUUGUACCUAAUUCAAAAUUAUUAAUUGACCAAGUAACUAAUUGGAUACUACACACUGAAAUCGAGCAACAGCCCGAAAAGCCAAAAGAAGAAGACAGUUUGGAUGAUUUAAUGGAUAUGAUGGAUAAUUUAGGUAAAGCUUAAAAAAAUUUAUUAGAUAUAGAAUUUUAUAUAAUACUUAUAAUUCAU